AUGGCAGAUUUAGACAAUACAAAGAUAUCCAUUAUCAACGCCAAAAAAGUGGAUCCCAAGCUUCUCGCAGAGAUUGGUGAUCAAUCCGCUGAAUUACCAAAAUCUAUUAAAGCGAAGAAUGCAAACUCCAAGCGAUGUAAUCUGUGUUGUAUGUCUAUUGGAUUUCUUCUCUCUACUGUAAUGGUAUUGGCAGUCGCAGGCAUAGGUACAGGCGUUUCUGUUUUUGCAGAAAAAAGAAUAAAUUGUACGGUAAAUGGUGUUAUGCGGCAAGUUGGUUGGAUUUCAUUACCCGGUAUUUUGGUUGGAACGACACUUCAUUAUUUUCUCUCGGAAGCCAUGUGGAGUGGUAGACACAAUACAUGGGGACAAGCAUGGAUGAAGGCGAUUGCAUUUAAUAGUCUCACUUGGUCUAUUGGUGUUGGGGCGGGAACUCUUUUCUGGCGAAAAGCUCUUCUUCUAACUUCUUCUGGUAGACGAUUGUAUUAUCGUUAUCCCAUCCCUGUAGAGCCGCUGGACUCGCGUGUACUUCGAAGUCCGGCGGAGUUCUUUACGGGAAUGGGAUGGUCGUAUUGGUUGAGUGGAGUGGUGAGUGGACAGGUUGGAUUUUUGAGUUGUGUGGGAUUUUGUGUUUGGAAUGAUCGGCCGUAUUUUAUGAUGAACCCGCAUGGGGGUUAUUCCACACGAUGUAUGCCGCUCUGGCGGAGGGAACAACUGGCCAGACAGGCGAAUGUUAGUCUUUCUAAUUAA